AGUACGCCCAACGUUACAAAAUCCACAGAUACCAAACCAAUAGUAUAGACAAUUGCAUCUGAAAGUCAAGUCGUUUGCGGCAGAUCAUUUUGCUGGAAUCGCGGAUGCGUGUUGAUGUCACAACAGAAAUAGCAGAGGAUCUGAAUCAACAGGAAUGCAGCUACUGAAUACCAACUGGUAGUGUCCUCCUCUGCCCUAUCGUUCCAAGUUUCCGUACGAAACAAUGUUCAAACUGCAUGGAAAUGUGUCACUGCGAUAACUAUAGUUACAGCAGACUGAACACGUUACGAAUACGAUAGGAUUGACAAGAUGGUCUUGUGCAAACACGAAAACAAACUUGUGCUAUUUGCGUUCCAAACUGGAUAUCAAUAAACAGCAGCUUGUGUGUGUAGUUGGAAAUCAUUAAGAAAACAGCCUGCAUUAAGCUAAGUACUUCUGCAGGUGGUAAAAGUGGAAAUAUGAGUAAUGUAUUGCACCUAUAACCCUUGCAUAUUACGUUUCUGGAAACGAUUGUCAUAAAUAUAAUCCAAGAGACUUCCAAGUCGAUGCAAACAGAAAGCAAUAAAGAUGUGAUUGGAGGAGGGUGAUAAACGCAACGCCCACAAGCCAUCCAAAGCAACCUACACAAGAGAAGUCCCGAUCUUACUCAGAGCUCAGUUGUUUAGCGACAUCCCUGCAGUUCAUUCCGGUGGAAGUGCAGCUGGCUACUUUUCUCGCUCCGCAGUCGUUGCAUCCCAGCCGGGGUAAUUCCACAAAGACACAGCUACAUAGGCAUUAUGAUCUAUUUGUUGCGUGCAAAGACAUUGGGUUUUUGUUAACAGGAUCUUGAAAUUUCUGCUUUAGCAAGCUCUCAGUUUUGAGCUUCAUCGGCUACCCUAUCAGCUGGAAAUCAGAGAAGACGCUUGAGUGAAAAUGAGAAGUUACACGUUGUUACUCUUGGCUUGCUGUGUUGUCAACAUCACUUUGGCAGCUCUAGUGUGUAACUCACGCUGUGGCACCGGUAUAUAUCACACAGCCGGUUCUUGUCAGUCUAGCGGACAUUGUCUCUGCUGGUGGGGAUUCACUGGACCGAAUGCAGUAUACAUUGUCAAUGGAAAUCUACACCAUCGGAUCCUGGCUGACCACUGUACGGUUGCAUGUACUUACAAUCAAGCCUACUACAACAAGCAAUGUGCUAGUCUUCCAGGGACCAGCACAGCAGCACCACAGACUACGACAACAGCGCCACAGACUACGGCAGCAGCACCACAGACUACCACAACAGCACCACAGACUACCACGGCAGCACCACAGACUACCACGGCAGCACCACAGACUACCACGGCAGCACCACAGACUACCACGGCAGCACCACACACUAGCAUAGCAGCAUCUGAGACUGUGUGUCCUACAUUCACGUUUGAUGCUAUGUGCUCUCAGACGUGUAACUGUUCGUCGAAUUCUGUCUCUUGUAAUAAUGUCAGUGGCCAGUGUAACUGUGUACCGGGCUACAAAGGAUUACGAUGUGAAGAAGCGUGUCCCGAGGGUUUGUUUGGUCAUGCGUGUGGUCAGCAGUGUACGUGUCAGAAUGGAGCCGAAUGUGAUCACGUGACUGGAAACUGUAGCUGUACAGCUGGAUGGACGGGAAAUGAUUGCGAUGAUGAGUGUCCAGAGGGAACGUUCGGCUCUGACUGCUUGAUGGAAUGUUCUUGCUUAAAUGGAGCGAGGUGUGACAGAGAGGACGGAAUUUGUUUGUGUACCCCAGACUACACGGGUGCCAACUGUGAAACACAUACAACAUAUGACACUCUUCCAUCUCCAUCGUCAUCACCUCAAGUUGAAAAUUCCUGCUUAUCUUCGUUCUGUCUAAACGGUGGGUCAUGUGAAGUGCAACUUGGCUCACCCAUCUGCACGUAA